UCCUUAUUUCUCUCUCGCCUCCCAGUCCCAGCCUCCCCCACUCCCGCCAGUCAAUCCCUAUGGAUUCCGUGCUAGCGCAGGAACUGAUCGUCGUCGAGCGCGUCACCGAUGGCGUCGCCGUCAUCACCAUCAACCGUCCCGCGUCACUCAACUCUCUUACUCGUCCGAUGAUUGUGUCUCUUGCUGGUGCCUUCAGGGAGCUGGAUGCCGAUCCCACUGUGGGUGCCGUGGUAAUCACGGGGAAGGGGCGAGCUUUCUGCUCCGGAGUCGACCUCACGGCUGCACAGGAUGUGUUUAAAGGUGACGUCAAGGACGAGGAAUCCGAUCCCGUGAUCCAGAUGGAGCGAUUUCGCAAGCCCAUAAUAGGGGCGAUCAACGGUUACGCCGUCACCGCCGGUUUCGAAAUUUCCCUUGCCUGCGACAUUCUCGUAGCUGGAAAGGAUGCCAAGUUCAUCGACACCCACGCAAGGUUUGGAAUAUUUCCAUCAUGGGGCCUUUCGCAAAAACUUUCUCGUAUCAUUGGAAUAAAUAGAGCUCGUGAAGUAUCACUUUCUUGCAUGCUCAUAACGGCUGAGAUGGCUGAAAAGUGGGGCUUAGUCAACCAUGUUGUGGAAAAUGGUGAGGUUUUAAAGAAAGCCAAAGAAAUUGCGCACGCCAUUUUAAAAAACAACAGGGACAUGGUCUUCAGGUACCGAUCAGUUAUUAAUGAUGGUUUCAAAAUGGAUUUGCGUCAUGCUGGUUUGCUCGAAAAGGAAAGGGCGCAUAACUAUUAUGAUGGCAUGACCAAGGAACAGUUUUCAGCCAUGCAGAAGUUUAUACGAAAUCGAAGUUCAAAGCCACCUUCAAAGCUUUAGAUGUAUUUUAUGCUUUAUGUACCAUGCAAUAACAUGGCCAUGCCAUGAAUAACGUGCAUUUUAACUAUAAACCUCUGGGCAUACAAAGAAAAGGUUCACGGUC